ACAUUACAUUCAAAAUUUCAGACUGCGAAGUUAAUUACCAAUUAAUGAAAAAGCUAGCACAAAUCAGUUAGUGGAUCUUUAAUUUAGGAAGACGACAGAAAUGCCCCUUUCAAUGUCAUUCGUGAUUUAGCCGUUUGGUUACAUAUCUAGUCUAGUGAGAUAAAAAUGAGGACCCGCAGUAACUCAGGGGUCCGCUUGGAUUAUUAUCAGAGAGUGGUGCAUAAGUUAAUUUUAGACCAUCAGCAGCCCGUAACUGGUUUGUUCCCAGCAAGUCCUCACAAUGACCACGCGUGGAUCAGAGAUAACUUGUACUGUAUCCUGGCAGUAUGGGGGCUAUCAAUGGCGUUCAAAAAAAUCGCCGAUCAAGACGAAGAUCGAGCCAAGACCUAUGAAUUGGAGCAAAGUUGUGUGAAACUCAUGAGAGGUCUGUUAAUGGCUAUGAUGCAACAAAAAGAAAAAGUAGAAAAAUUUAAGAGCACACAGCACUCAUUAGAUUCACUCCACGCCAAGUAUUCCUCAGCCACCGGCCGCACUGUGGUCAAGGACAAUGAGUGGGGGCACUUGCAGAUUGAUGCAAUCUCCCUGUAUUUGCUCAUUCUAGCCCAGAUGACUGCCUCUGGUCUACAAAUAGUAUUCUCCCUAGAUGAAGUAGCUUUUAUUCAAAACCUAGUAUUUUAUAUUGAAUCAGCUUACUGCACACCAGAUUAUGGGAUUUGGGAGAGAGGAGACAAAACCAACCAUGGACUUCCAGAACUCAAUGCUAGCUCAAUUGGCAUGGCUAAGGCAGCUCUUGAAGCUAUGAAUGAGCUAGAUCUUUUUGGAGCUAGAGGAGGGCCUUCCAGUGUCAUACAUGUACUGGCUGAUGAGGCUCAGAAGUGCCAGGCUGUCCUGCAGUCUAUGCUGCCCAGGGAGUCAAACAGUAAGGAACUUGAUUCAGGACUGCUGUCAAUCAUAAGUUACCCAGCUUUUGCUGUGGAUGAUCCUCAGUUAAUUGCAAAAACAAGGGAUGCAAUUGUCACAAAACUACAAGGAAAGUUUGGCUGCAAGAGAUUUUUAAGAGAUGGCCAUAAAACCCCUAGGGAAGAUCCAAAUAGGCUGUACUAUGAACCAUGGGAGCUUCGAAUGUUUGAGAAUAUAGAAUGUGAAUGGCCUCUAUUCUUUUGCUAUCUCAUUCUUGAUUACUGUUUCCAAGGUGACAAAAGUAAUGUCAGUGAUUACAUGCAAAGAUUGGAGAAGAUCAUGAUAAGGAAAGAUGAUGGUAUUAAACUUGUGCCAGAGCUAUAUUCAGUUCCUGCUGAAAAAGCAGAUUUAGAACAGCUUGAACCAGGAAGCCAAGAGCGUAUACCCCUUGGGAGAUGUCCAUUUAUUUGGGCUCAGUCAUUGUAUAUCCUGGGAAAACUGUUACAAGAGGGUUUUCUAGCAGUUGGUGAAUUAGAUCCACUUAAUAGAAGACUUUGUUCUGAGAAAAAACCAGAUGUUGUAGUGCAAAUUGUUAUCCUAGCUGAAGAUAAUGAGAUCAGGGAUAAGUUACUUGAAUAUGACCUCCAUGUCCAGACUAUAAGUGAAGUGGCUCCAAUCGAAGUCCAGCCUGCUAGAGUGUUAAGUCAUCUCUACACAUAUUUAGGCAGAAAUAAAAAAUUGGGACUGUCUGGGCGAAAAUCUCGUGAUGUUGGUAUUCUAAGUACUAGCAAGCUGUAUUCCUUGAAUGACCGUAUUUUUGCUUUCACUCCUCAAAACUUCGACUACGAGGAGUACUACAUGUCGCGAGACCCGGCUCUCCUCGCAAGCACGUUCACCGCAAACGUCGCCUUCCUCGGCAUGAGCUGGAAACAGAUGCUCGGCCGGCCCACAAUCACGUUACUUGCCACGCAGUAUUUGUUAGAUCAGGGUAAGAUCCCGAUGGCAAUGAUAACGACAAUGAAAAAACUGAAGUCGGGAUACAUAAACGGCACCCGAGUGACUCUUGGCAACCUGGGGGACUUUUUAAGCACCUCAGCUAUCACGAAUCUCAGCUUCCUCGGCAGCCAAGAAGAUGGCUAUCCUGACAAGCUAAACCUUCAAGUACAGAGCUACCUAGAGGAGCACCUUCUAAAGUCGUUCAGCAACAAGCUGAGCUUAUUGCCGCGGCCGGCCGGUGCGCGCAACCCGCGUUCGCUGCGCCGCCGCAUGUCUGUACGCGGUGCCAUCAAAAAGACGCGCUCCAUCAACGUGGACUGUGAACAGGUUGGUAGUGGCCUGCCAANUUUAAACUUAAGUGUCAAUUCUUCAGAUCAGGGUAAGAUCCCGAUGGCAAUGAUAACGACAAUGAAAAAACUGAAGUCGGGAUACAUAAACGGCACCCGAGUGACUCUUGGCAACCUGGGGGACUUUUUGAGCACCUCAGCUAUCACGAAUCUCAGCUUCCUCGGCAGCCAAGAAGAUGGGUAUCCUGACAAGCUAAACCUUCAAGUGCAGAGCUACCUAGAGGAACACUUACUAAAAUCGUUCAGCAACAAGCUGAGCUUAUUGCCGAGGCCGGCCGGCGCGCGCAACCCGCGCUCGCUGCGCCGCCGCAUGUCUGUGCGCGGUGCCAUCAAGAAGACGCGCUCCAUCAACGUGGACUCGGAGACGCUUGGUAUGGAAGGCGAGUACGCCGGCCCUAUCUUGGAAAGGAAGCCAUCUUGGUUAGAAGUAGACCCCAAUUUCGGCCGCAGCCCUUCGCCAGAAGAAGCUAGGAAGAAAGCUUUUACUAAGGGAACUUCAACGACAAGUCUUGGCGCGGGCACUCCAACUAUUGAAAUCACUAAAGAACAGACCCCAUCGCCGCCUAAAGAAGAAGGUAUUGUAAACAAAAACCUAGCGAUCGUGCGUAACCGAACGACGUCGGAGUCUCAGACGAUGUACGCCGAGCAGGAGACCGACGAAUUGAUCGCCAUGCUGCGUGAGACUGAGAGCCUGGACGAGCAGGGAGACAUACUGCAGUACCUGGUCGACACGCAGGGACUUGAUUUUAACACAGGAAUGCUAGAAAACGGCAAAAACGUGACAGUAAAGGACUUACUCAAGGUGUUAUACGAGAAGGCCUGCACCCAGAAACUUUGGGGCCUCGUGAGACAUACGGCCGGCAUGCUUGGCAAGCGAGUGGAGGACCUCGCUAAGGCCGUGACAGACUUGCUGGUGCGACAGAAACAGAUCACGGUGGGCAUGCCGCCUAACAACGAGCAUACUAUCACGGCGCCGCUGCCGGAGAAUGAACUUAGGCAGCUCAUCCAUUUGGCGUAUGGAGACGACGAGAGUACGGCCAUGCUGACGCAAGAGCUGCUGGUAUAUUUGGCCAUGUUCAUCCGCACGGAGCCGCAGCUAUUCCUGGAGAUGUUACGUCUCAGGGUGGGGCUUAUUAUUCAGGUGAUGGCCACAGAGCUAUCUCGCACUCUCUCGUGCAACGGCGAGGAAGCAUCUGAGCACUUGCUCAAUUUGUCUCCGUUUGAAAUGAAGAAUUUGCUCUACCACAUUCUCAGCGGAAAGGAGUUUGCUAUCAACAGUGUAGGUCGCGGCGGCAACUUUUCCAUCGUCAGCAACAAGUCAAGCCGUUACGGCAAGAAGUCACAAAUCGUUUUGGAGGGCCAAUCGCUUCAGGGCACUAUGGAUGACAUGACACCUAUAGCAGAGCCGGAUCGUCAGGGGCAAUGGUUGCGCCGGCGCAGACUGGACGGGGCCCUCAACAGAGUGCCGCGAGACUUCUAUCCUCGUGUAUGGGGUGUCUUGGAAAAGUGCCAAGGCCUAGUCAUCCAAGGCAAGGUUCUGCAACCAAACCUGACGCAAGAGAUGACGUCAGGCGAGCUAAAGUUCGCGCUGGCGGUGGAGACAGUUCUCAACUCGAUCCCGCAACCAGAGUACCGCCAGCUCGUGGUGGAAGCACUAAUGGUGCUGACGCUGGUGGUGGAGUACCGCGCCGUGAGCUCGCUGGGAGCUGUAAUUGGGGUUGAAGCGCUCGUGCACAAGGCCAACCAGAUAUUCCUGGAGGAUCAGAUGCGCGUGAGCGGCGACGCGACGCUAUGCUGCGCAAAGGCGGACAGCUUCGGUGGCGCGCUGGUAUGCGGCGGCGCGGCCGGCGUCUGCCAGCACCUCUACGACAGCGCGCCUAGCGGGUCCUACGGCACCAUGACCUACCUGGCGCGCGCCGUCGCCGCGCUGCUUGCCGAUCGCCUGCCGCACGCCGAGCCCAUACAGUGCGCAAUCACGUAGGCACGCAACUGACGACGGCACGCCAGAUAGCUCCUGGGGCUAGGGUUGCCAGGCGUCCGGAUAAAUCCGGACAUAGUUAGGCUUUUUGAUUGCGUGUCCGGCCAAAAUAA